AAAAGAAAGGGAGAGAGGAGAGGAAGUCAGCUUGAAGAGGGUGAACCACAGACACUGCCAAGAAAUGAUGAUGUCACUGUCAAGGUGCACAGACUGAAACAAGACUCAGAAAUGAAAAACGAGGUGACGGAAGAGAGAAAGAUUGUAGUAGAGCAUUAGAUCUUUGUCAUUGCAGUGUUGUAGCCGGGUCAGCGCCUAAAACUGGGGGGAGGGGACCCCUGACCUGAGAUGUUUUACUGCAUUGGACCUGAAACAUUUAGAGAAGCAAGACCACCCACGACCUUCACUCCCCUCCAGUGCGCUCACAGCCCCUCCUGUAAAAGGAAAAGAGGUAGAAGGGAGCGAGCAGAGAGUAGAAAGAGGAAGCAGCAUGUUGCUAUCUAAAUCCAACCUCGGCUUCAGUACUUCUCGGUUUUGUUUAGCCAUAAAACGAUGUGCUCGGAGGAACAUUUCUCACUUGGAUUGGCUGUGACUGCGAGAUGACUGGAGGUUUUCUGAGUGUUCCCAUCAUGAGGCCUCACCACUGCUGGACCGUCCUGCAUGUGUCCAUCUUGGCAGGGCUGCUUCUCACCUUAAACGCUGACAGUAAGGAUUCAGCUUGUGAAUUAGAAAUUAGAGUACACCAUGGCAAGGUUUAUGAAGCUGUCCCUGGGGAAGACUUUCGGAUUCACUGCCCAGUUACUUUCUGCAACAGUUCCCCACCGACAGUCUCCUGGUAUAAAUAUGAGACAACUAAACAGUUCUUUGUCCCUGUCGAUGUCAGCAAUAGCAGUCAUAUUAAAAAAGAGUGGACUCUUUCAAAGCCUUUAGAAGGGAUAUCGUAUUUGAUCUUCCAAAAAAUACUCAGAAACGACUUGGGUGAGUAUCAGUGUCGAGCUGGAGGCAGUAUGAGUCAUAACAUCAACAUCUCUGUCCAUGGUGAUGGUGAGAGUAAUGGUACACGGAAUGGCACAGACACAAUGCAUUCAUAUCCUGAAAAUCUAUGGAUGUACAUGUACUUUGCAGCUGGGAUUGUGCCAUUUGUCAUCAUAGUGAUCAUUUUAUCUGUUGUAUCAAUGCGAGGGUGUAAAGGGAAGCCAAAGAAAGAGUUGCAAACUGAAAAUCAGUACAUGGCGAUGCCCAUGGUGGAGCAACCCGUCCCACACGCCAGCCUCCAGCCCUCGCCAAGAGGAACCCCCUCUGCGCCGCAAUCUCGGAGGUCCACCCGGAGGACUACACCGCCCUCACAACCCCAUGAGCUGCCAACACCAAGAGACAAUGAGGAAGAGGGGAGUUCUGUUGUGUAUGCUGCUCUCAACCAUCAGCUUCCAGCAAGGGCUGCUGCUCGGCCGCCACGGAGACAACAGCAGGAGACUUCAGAGUACGCGGCUAUCCGGGUUCAAGACCCAUCACCCAAUAUAAAUUACUUCUAAGUGGACGACAGCUCACAUUAGCCGGAGUAAUGUGCGUCUUUGAUGUUGGGGAGAGUGAAUGGGGCGAGGACCAUGUUUGAUACUGGUGCAUCCCAGAGGAGCUCAUCAGAGUGAUUAAAAGGAAAUACAGAAAACUCGCCCUGGACAGUUUUUUCCAAUUGCGUUUUUGUUAAAAAAAAACUGCUUUCUUAUCACGAACAUGCAGGGAAUACAUCUACCUGAGACUCUAGACAUCCACCCUUUGCUAACAGCAUCUCCAAAAAGACCUUGACCUCUGUCCAAGGUGAAGUUUGGCUAGGCGGAGCUGUGCUGGGACUUUGUGAGGUCAUCAUGUACCAUAACGAAUGGGUACGCCCUCAACAUGCCAAAUUAAAAUGGAAUGUAACCAAGUGGUCUCCACUCCAUUUCAAUUCAGCCAGAGGACCAAAGAACAAGGUACCUAUACUGUGUUGCUAUAACGUUGCCUUGUUUGCAUGAUCAAACAGUAAAACCUUUUACUUUUCCUUUCGUGGAAAUGUUGCGGACAUUAUCCCGCUGGAGACAUGUUGCAGGAUUUCUCAAAAUAUGCGAAGCUGGGAGUGACCAAACUGCAGAUGAGCUGUGUCACUC